CGUGCUUCUAGAAUAAGAAUUCCCCCUAUCUCACGUGAUAGGGCGGGUGUCGGGAUAUCUCCAUAUAAGUCCUCAGGGCGGUGUAGAGCGCGUGGUGGCCAUGGACACCGUUUUCCACACCCAUCACCGAGUCAGUGACAGGGGCACACUAUUUAAUCCCCUCCAUUCUACUCUCAUCUCUUCUCAACUUUUCCAUGCCUCGCAAGAAAGCCGUCUCCUCCACCGACGCCGCUGGCGUUCCGAUACCAGUGUCAUCGCGCUCCACCAGGGCUGCCACGAGGCAGGUAAACGCCGCACCUGCUUCUACUGCAAAACCCGUGUCCCAACCUGCAAAACCCGUCUCAAAAUCAAAAUCAUCCAAGAAGCGCCUGAACAAGGACGAUGACACUAGUGACAACAAGGCAGACAACGACUCGGAAGUGAAGAAGAUGGUUACUGUUGUGAAACGAGGUGCCGCUCCGGUAGACCCAACAUCCGGUCUCAUUUUUACACAUCAAGUCUACUCGAAUGCUGAAAGUGUUUGGGAUGCAAUGCUCAACCAAACUGAGGUUGGCUCUAACAAGAACAAAUUUUAUGUUAUACAACUGCUGCAUCCUAUUGGCAAUGACGCCCAAUGCUCCCUCUAUACGCGUUGGGGCCGCGUCGGCGAAAAUGGCGCAAGCCAAAUCAAGGGACCAUGGCCAUCUGCUUCUGCCAUUGGCGAGUUUAAGAAGCAGUUCAGGUCGAAAUCUGGCGUUGCAUGGCCCCAACGCUUUGGCAUGGUGGCUGCGAAGGAGCGUGUAUUCGAGGAUGAAGAUAACAAGGCGGAAAGCAGUGGCAGCAACUCCAAAGAAGAUGAACCUGUUCCGGAAUCCAAGUUGCUACCCGAGUUGCAGGUAAUUAGAGAAAACAACUUCCUCACCUGCGCUAAUUCAAUCAAUGCGUCAACUGAUCAAUGUAGACUUAUUGAUGCUCACUUGUCGUCGAUGAAUUAUGACGCCAAUAAGCUUCCACUUGGCAAACUCGCGAAGUCAACGAUUCUCAAUGGGUUUGCGGCAUUGAAGAAACUCGCGGAAGUGGUCGAGCAUCCGGAUGGUGACAUGGCGAAGUCUCUAGGCGGCUUCCAAACUGCCUGUGAAACGCUUACUUCGGAAUACUAUUCCAUCAUUCCUCAUGUAUUCGGGCGCAUGAGGCCCACUGUAAUCAGAGACCAAGAUCUUUUGAAAAGGGAAAUCGCCCAUAAGCUCAUAAAUACUACCAUCAAUGUUGAUGACGACGGGAAGCCACUUAACCCGCUGGACGCGCACUUCCGCUCGCUGGGUCUCAAUUCGAUGGAUCCUGUCGCUCGAGACAGCUCGGAAUUCGAUACUCUCACACGUUACAUCUCCGACACGCAUGGACAGACGCAUCACUUCAGGUCGGCAGUUCUACAUGCAUUUAGGGUGGAGAGAGGGGCAGAGACUUCUGCAUGGCUCGCGAAGGGUUACGAUAAGCUUCCUGCUGGCGAUCGGAUGCUCUUGUGGCACGGUUCUAGGACGACCAACUUCGCUGGUAUCCUCAAACAGGGUCUUCGGAUCGCCCCUCCGGAGGCGCCUGUUACGGGCUACAUGUUUGGCAAAGGUGUCUACUUUGCAGAUUCUGCAGGCUACUGCUACGCUAGCUUGAGUAACAAAAUAGGCGUGUUACUCCUCUGUGAGGUGGCUGUAAAACCGUUCCUCGAGAUGAACAAUGCAAAUUACAAUGCCGAUGAAGAUUGCAAGAAAAGCAAGACUUUGGCAACGAAAGGGGUAGGAAUGGUACAACCUACCAAUUGGCAAGAUGCUGGUAUGGCGCUUGGCCACAAAGAACUUGAGGGUGUUCACAUGCCCAAGGGAGAGGCAUUGCAGGUCAACCCCCCUGGUGCCUUUCUCAUGUACAACGAGUACAUCGUCUAUGACCCAUCCCAGAUCCGCUUGCGGUACCUGCUCAUGGUAAAGAUGGAUUGAGUAAGAUUGAGUCGGGAAAUAUAUGUAGCCUCAGUUUUCUUCUGUCGGGAACUACUAUACUUGAUGGCUUCAAUUAGACAUGAAUUCAUCGAUCUCCCCUAAAAGGAGGAUGAUACUCAUUUACCGUGAUGGUUCAGUAAAUAUCACGUGAUUUCAGACAUCA